UUUCCGGGGUGCACGGUUUUCCGCGUUCAGAGCUGACAAGUAUCUGGCACCUACUUGGUGCCAGGCGCCGUGCCAAGUGCUUAACAAGCGUGAUCUCGUGUGAGCCUCACAACAACCUGGGAGGCGGGUGCUGUUAUCGUCCCCACUUUACAGUGGUAAGAAGCGGGGCGUCGACCUCAGCGUGCGUGCUUCAGGGCCAGCAGCAGCCUCGGGUUGGCCUUUUGUGAGCCAGGUCCCAUGAAAGCCGCCCGGUCCCCUGGUCACCAUCUGGCUGGGACGGGACCCUCAGAGUCUGCCAGAAGAUGGAGCAGCCUCUGGAGAGUGAAGCGGCUGAGAUGCGGGGACAGGGCGGAGCCAGUCUGGGAGAGAAGGCCCGUGAGCCAGAGGAGGACUCAGAUGACAGGCGGCGAUACCGAGCCUGGAUGGCUGAGAAAUUCAGCUCCCUGAGGGCUGGAGAUGCGUGGCCCGGGGGGCAGGAGAACUUCCUGUAUGGGCCCACCACGCUGCUGUUCUCCCGCACCUGUGCCAAGGUCAGGGUGGUCAUCGGAGAGGAGGGCUUGGAGCUCCCACCCGGUGAGGGGCCGCCCUUCAGUGAGAUCCCGGGCCAGGCCGGGCAGCUGGCAGCCUUGUUCCAGCCAGAUGACAGGACCAAGCAGCGGCCUGGCACUGUGGUCCUGCAGGGGCCCAUGGGCAUCGGCAAGACCGUGCUGGCCAGGAAGCUGGUGCUGGACUGGGCCCGCGGCCGCCUCUGCCAGGAAGUGUUCCAGUAUGUCUUCUACUUCAACCUUGGAGACAUGGACGAGGAGGCCGAGAAGAGCCUGGCCGAGCUGAUCGCCGGCGAGUGGCCAGGCCCGCCGGUCCCUGUCCCUGAGAUCCUGGCGCGGCCCCAGAGCCUCUUGUUUGUCCUGGAUGGUUUGGAAGAGCUGAAGCCCUUCUUGGACGGGCCUGAGGCCGAGCUGUGUCGAGACUGGAGCGAGCCUCGGCCGCUGGCCGGCCUCUUGCAGGGUCUGCUGCGGAGAGCCCUGCUGCCCGAGGCCUGCCUGCUGCUGGUUGUGCGGCCCUCGGGCUGGGCCCGCCUGGCACGCUGGCUGGGCUGCCCCCAGCUUGUCGAGGUCCUGGGGCUGGCCAAGGCCGACCGUGAAGAGUACUUCCACAGGUUCUUCACAGACAGGGCCAGCUCACGGGCUGCCCUCGCCGCCGUGCGGGACAACGAGACGCUGGCCACCCUGUGCCGCGCGCCACUGGUCUGCUGGCUCAUCUGCACGGGCCUGAAGCAGAGGCUGGAUGACGGCGAAGACUUGCACCAGGGCCCUCUCACCGCCACGCGCCUCUACGUAUCCUACGUGACCGGCCUCUUCCGUGGCCGUGCCACCCCCAGCGAGGCCCAGCUGCGGGGGCUGUGCCGCCUGGCUGCUGACAGCGUGCUGGCCCACUCCACGGGCUUCGAUGGCAGCGACCUGGAGCGGCACGGGCUGGCGGCGGCCGACCUCGAGCCCUUCCUGAGCACACAUGUUCUCCUCCGGUGCGGCGGCGGCUACGCCUUCCUGCACCUGACUUUGCAGGAGUUUUUUGCGGCCCUGUACAGCGCCAUGGAGGUGACCCGGAGCCCCUCCGCGGCGCACACGGUCCAGGACCUGACCACGGAGCUGGAGAAGUACUCGGGGGUGGACACGAGCUUUCUGAGCCUGGCUGUGCACUUCCUCUUCGGCCUCCUGAACCCCGAGUGCGCCCGGCUCCUGGAGGCAGAGCUGGGCUGCCGCCUGUCCCCCCAGCUGCGGCGGGACCUCCUGCUGUGGGCCACCGUGUUCGGCGGCUCUGCCUCCCCGUCGCUGUGCGCCCUCUCCCUGCACCACUUCUUCUUCAGCCUGUAUGAGACGCAGGAUGGCGCCUUCGUCACCGAGGCCAUGGACCAUUUCCGCGACCUGCAGCUUGUCCUCUGGAGCAAGGUGGAUCUGCUGGUGUCGUCCUUCUGCCUGCGGCACUGCCGCCACCUAGAGAAGCUGGUGCUCCACCCCCAGCGGGAAGUCUUCCAUGACGAGGACCCGGAGCUGCAGGCCGGCUCCCCGGCCGAGGCCGGGCCCCAGGCUCCAGAUCUCGCUGCCUCACGGUGGAGGGCCCUGUUCUCAGUGCUGAGCACCAACGCCGCCCUGCGGGAGUUGGAGCUGAGCUUCUCAUCGAUGAGUGACCUGUGCAUGAAGAGCCUGAGCGACCAGCUGCAGCGUGAAGACUGCCACCUGCAGAGCCUGAGGGUCAGGCAGACUGCCUUUGUCCCCUUCACCUGUGGGGAUUUCCCUCUUGCUCUCAUUGGGCGCCACCAUCUCGUGUACCUUUACUUGGACCUUCAGUUGGGGGACGAUGGGAUGAAGUUGUUGUGUGAGGCCUUGAGACACCCGCAGUGUAACCUCCAGUAUCUGAGGUUGAAGAGCUGUGGCCUCACCGAGGCUUGCUGUCCAGAUCUUGCCCUGGCCCUCACUGCCAACCAGAGCCUGAGCCAUCUGAACUUGGAGGGGAAUCAGCUCCUGGACAGCGGCAUGCAGGUGCUGUGCGAGGCCUUGCGGCGGCCAGAGAACCACCUGCAGAAGCUGGUGUUGCCAGAAUGUGGCUUGACAGACGUUGGGUGCCAGGAUCUCUCCGCUGCUCUCACCUCCGGCCGGAAUCUGACCCAUCUGUGCCUGGCCCACAACAGCCUCCACGACAGUGGCGUGAAGAUUCUGAGCGAGGCUCUGAAGUGUCCCGAGUGUCCUCUCCAAAGACUGACGCUGUGGAGCUGCGGCCUCACUGCCGUGGGCUGCCAGGACCUCUCAGCCGCGCUCUGCAGCAACAAGAAUCUGACUCACCUGGACCUGGGGGAGAACAACCUUGGUGACGAGGGCCUGAAGCUGUUGUGUGCAGCCUUGGGGCAGCCACAGUGUAACCUUCAGGCCUUGGACCUCCUGGUCUGCUUCCUCACGGAGGCCUGCUGUCAGGCGCUCUCAGACGCGCUCAUCCUCAACCAGAGUCUGCGGAGCCUGAACUUGGGACACAACGCCCUCAAAGACGAGGGGGUCAAGCUGUUGUGCCAGGCCCUGAGACACCCCGAUUGUCAGCUCCAGAGGCUUGGGCUGGAGAGGUGCCAGCUCAGCAUCGAUUGCUGCCAGGAUCUCUCCUCUGUUCUCCUCUGCAACCCAAGGCUGAAGAGUCUCAACGUAGCCCAGAACGCCUUGUGGGACGAGGGGGUGAGGCUGCUGUGUGAAACCCUGGAGCAGCCCGAGUGCCGACUGCAGAUCCUGGCGCUGUGGAGGGAGGCGUUCAGCGAGGACAUUCAACGCGUGCUGAGAGCAGCCCAGGAGAGCAAGCCGCACCUGAUCAUCACUGGUGACUGGUACAGUCACGAACCUGAGGAAUAUGGUUUUUCCUGGUGGAUGGAGACCUGACCCGCUCCCCUCCCGCCACCCCCACCCCCAUCCCCAGUCUGGCAAGGGCGCGUGCCCUGGGUGCAGGAGGUCCCAGAGUGGCAAGAUCCCCAGCCUUCCACGCUCCUUCAGCUCCAGCGGUCACGUAGUGCCCACGUCCCUCUUCCCUCUGGAUGUCUUGGUGGGUGAAUCAA